AUGGCCCCGAACAGUGCCGCCGUAGCAAACCUGCUGAGGCAAACCAUCUACUACCAUCUGGACAACGGCUCAUGGGACAACUCUCUGUUCUUUUCCGAGAGGCUUCUGGCUCACGAUCCUCGGUCUAACGAGUCGACGUUUCUGCUCGCCCUCAGCCACCUACGACUAGGCGACAACCGGUCCGCAUACGAAGUCAGCAAACCGCUGGGUUACCGGGGUUUACACUUGGGCUGUGCCUUUGUCUUUGCACAAAGCUGCUUGGCCCUCGAGCGCUUUCGUGAUGGCGUAUAUGCCCUCGAGAAGGCUAAGGGGCUGUGGCUGCACAAGUCCAAUCUUGGGAAGCAUACGGCGACCUCACGUACCAUAUACCCCGAUGCGUCUGUCGUCAACUGUCUUUUGGGAAAGCUUUGUCGCGGAAUGGACGACCGAAAGAAGGCGGCAUUCCACUUUGAAGACGCGUUGAGAACGAACCCCUUAAUGUGGGAUGCGUUCAUCGAGCUCUGCGACAUGGGCGUCAACAUACGGGUGCCGAAUACAUUUCGAGUCAACGACUCCCUCAUCCGUUGUUUCGAACAAGAAUCAGUAGGCAACGCCACAGAGAUGGCAGGGCCGCUUGCCGAGCACCAGCUUCCGACUAAGCGACCAGCGGGCAGAGCGGCAGCCAUGCAUGACAUGAGCGAUCCUUUCGACCAUCAACAGCCACAGCAACAACCGCAUCCCGCACAGCGCGGCUCUGUGACGUAUCAGCCUAGCAAUCCUGCCAGCGUUGCCGAGGCUGAGGAGAACGACUUCAUGGCAAGAAUCUUUGCGGCCCGAUCGCGAGCCGCGGCUGGCAGCACAGCCGGAAAUCAGAUUAUGGAUGGCAUGGCAACGCCGCCUGGCACGCAGCAGGAGCCGCCACAAGCACCACCACGGAGGCGGGCGGGCAUGCCGCCGCCUGUGGUGGAUUCGAGCUUCGUGGACCCCCAGCAGCAGCAGCAGCAGCAACUCCGACAGCAGGCCCCGGGAGCACCAUCUAAGAUGAUGUAUCGUCUGGGAGCAUCGACACGUCGAGGGAAGCCCCCUCCCGAUGGCGGUCUGGAGUCUUUGACGAUGGACCAGACCUCGUCUAUGCUGCGGUCAACCGCAAGUGCGACUAAUGGCGGCGCGACAGCAUCGGCUGUGCCGACUUCCAUGGCGACGGGACACCCAUCGAUAAUAGCAACAUCGACCGCGGAGAGAAAGCGGACGGCUUCAGGCCAUCCGGUGGCCCCAAGACAUGCCCAUUCGACAGACGAAUCCGGAGUGCCGCAGCGGCGAAGCGCCCGCCUAAAUAUGUUCAAGGCUUCAGGGGGUAAGACAAAUGCUGGAGCUGCUCCCAUGGGUGCAGGGGCAACACGCGAACUGAAGAAGGCCCGGCCGCCUAUUUCCCGAAUAGUCCGCCCAGAAUCAGGCAGCUCGACGGUUGGGCGGGUGGUUAGUGGCAACCGGAAGCCGGUGGACGAUGGCGGCAUGGAUGUCGACCCGAUGGAGGCGCCACGAAUCCGGGAAGCAGCAGCACCACCCCAGCAAGCACCUUCGGCGCCAUCACUGCAGAUGUCUAUGCCACCUCUGGCACAGCUGCAACGACAGAUGGCAGAAGCCGACUCUGCCAAGAUCGAGGAGGCCCUGCGCUGGGUCUUGGAGCUGGUGAAGAAGCUGGGCAGCGGGUACUUGGCGCUUGCGCAAUUCCAGUGCUCCGAGGCGCUGGUGGCCUUCAGCUCGUUGCCUCGUGCCCACAACGACACGCCGUGGGUGCAGGCGCAGAUGGGCCGCGCACAGUACGAGCUGGCGGCCUACGCCGAGGCUGAAACAUGCUUCAGACGGGUACGAGUGUUGGCACCGACCCGCCUCGACGACAUGGAGGUGUACUCGACCAUCCUGUGGUUCCUCAAGCGGGAAACCGACCUGUCCUUCCUGGCACAUGAGCUGGUCGAUGCAGCAUGGACAUCGGCACAGGCCUGGUGUGCUCUGGGAAAUGCCUGGUCGCUGGCACAGGACCACGAGCAGGCACUUCGCUGUUUCCGACGGGCAACGCAGUUGAAACCCAAGUUUGCUUAUGCGUACACGCUCCAGGGCCACGAGCACGUGCUGAAUGAGGAGUAUGACAAGGCCUUGACGGCCUAUCGACAGGCGGUCGCCGCUGACAGGCGACACUACAAUGCCUAUUACGGCAUUGGACGCGUGUACGAGAAGCUGGGCAACUUUGACAAGGCCUACGAGCACUACCAUAUCGCGUCCGUCAUCCAUCCGACCAAUGCGGUGCUGAUCUGCUGCAUUGGCAAGGUGCUGGAGCGGCAGAAGCAAAUAGUGCCGGCACUGCAGUAUUUCAUCAAGGCAACCGACCUGGCACCACGAGCUGCACAGACGCGGUUUCGCAAGGCCAGAGCCCUGCUUGCUCUCGGCCAGUUGCAGGCAGCACAGCAGGAGUUGAUGAUACUCAAAGACAUCGCCCCAGACGAAGCUGCAGUGCACUUUUUGCUGGGGAAGCUCUACAAGACUCUCAACGACAAGAGCGCGGCUGUGCGCCAUUUCACUAUUGCGCUCAGCCUCGACCCCAAGGCGAGCCAGAAAAUCAAGCAGGCGAUAGGGAGCCUGGAAGACGACGAAGACGGACUUGAAGAGUACAUGGCAUCAUGA